CGCGCAGGCCCUGCCCGCCCCUUCCGUCCCCACCCCCCUCGGUCCCUUCCUCUCCCCCACCUUCCUCUCGCUUCCCGCGCCCCCGCACCGGGCGCCCACCCUGCCCUCCUCCGGUGCGAUCGCUGUCCGCGGCGGCGGCCGGAGCGGGCCGGGCCGGGCCGGCGGGCCGGGGGAUGGCGCUGCUGGACCUGGCCCUGGAGGGAAUGGCCGUGUUCGGGUUCAUCCUCUUCUUGGUGUUGUGGCUGAUGCAUUUCAUGGCCAUCAUCUACACGCGAUUACACCUCAACAAGAAGGCAACAGACAAACAGCCAUAUAGCAAGCUCCCGGGUGUCUCUCUCCUGAAACCACUGAAAGGGGUAGAUCCCAAUUUAAUCAAUAAUUUGGAAACCUUCUUUGAACUGGAUUACCCCAAAUAUGAAGUACUCCUUUGUGUACAAGAUCAUGAUGAUCCAGCCAUUGAUGUAUGUAAGAAGCUGCUUGGAAAAUACCCAAAUGUUGAUGCUAGAUUAUUUAUAGGUGGCAAAAAGGUUGGCAUUAAUCCUAAAAUUAAUAAUUUGAUGCCAGGAUAUGAAGUUGCAAAGUAUGAUCUUAUAUGGAUUUGUGAUAGUGGAAUAAGAGUAAUUCCAGACACGCUAACUGACAUGGUCAAUCAAAUGACAGAGAAAGUAGGCUUGGUUCACGGGCUGCCAUAUGUAGCAGACAGACAGGGCUUUGCUGCCACAUUAGAACAGGUGUAUUUUGGAACUUCACAUCCAAGGUCCUACAUCUCUGCCAAUGUCACUGGUUUCAAGUGUGUGACAGGAAUGUCCUGCUUAAUGAGGAAGGACGUACUAGAUCAAGCAGGAGGACUUAUCGCUUUUGCUCAAUACAUUGCUGAAGAUUAUUUCAUGGCUAAAGCAAUAGCUGACAGAGGAUGGAGGUUUGCAAUGUCCACUCAAGUUGCAAUGCAAAACUCGGGUUCCUACUCAAUUUCUCAGUUUCAAUCCAGGAUGAUCAGGUGGACCAAAUUGCGAAUUAACAUGCUUCCUGCUACAAUCAUUUGUGAGCCAAUUUCUGAAUGCUUUGUUGCCAGUUUAAUUAUCGGAUGGGCAGCCCACCAUGUAUUCAGAUGGGAUAUUAUGGUAUUUUUCAUGUGUCAUUGCCUGGCGUGGUUUAUAUUUGACUACAUUCAACUCAGGGGUGUCCAGGGUGGCUCGCUCUGUUUUUCAAAACUUGAUUAUGCCGUCGCUUGGUUCAUUCGCGAGUCUAUGACGAUAUAUAUUUUUUUGUCGGCGUUGUGGGACCCCACGAUAAGCUGGAGAACCGGCCGCUACCGGCUGCGCUGCGGAGGCACGGCCGAGGAAAUCCUUGAUGUAUAGCUGCAGCUCUGCAACGGUACACAGGAGAAAAAGAAAAGUAUUAUAAAUUAUGUUUCUAUAAAUGCUUUUCAACAUCUACCUUCAGUAGUUUUAUCCCAUGUAUGUUUUCGUAUCUGUUCUUUAAUUUAUUUUGCAUGACGCUUGCAUCUGUGAAAAGAAAAGAGAGGAAAAACAACAACAAAAAAAAACACAUCUGUAAUCUUGGCCAAAUGGUACAUUUUGUUCUGUGGAAGUAGAAAAUCAAAAGAAGCGGUUCUAGGAACCUAGGUUUGGUUUUUGAUGUUUAUUUUUUAAAACAUAUAUAUAUAUAUAUGUAUAUAUAUAUACAUACAUAUAUGUAUAUAUAUAUAUACAUAUAUAUAUAUAUGAAUGCUCUGUGACAAACACUAUGACAGUAUCCUUCAGUAGAGAAAGUUUCUUAUAUGUGAGUUCACUCUUUCAGAACAUAGAUGGCAACACCUUGCAGGGUUUAGGGAGACUCAGAAUGAAGAAGGCCAAGCGGUCCUACCUGAGAAACUUUUUCAUGCUUUAUGCCUACCUCUUGUAGUUUUUGCAGAGCAAAUAUAAAUCGUAAUAAGGUAGCUAGGCCUUGCAAAAACAAAUGGAAAAAAAAACUUUUAAAUAAUGAUAAUGAAAGAGCUGGAGUCUAAUAUUUAUAUAAAUCUGUGAGACUUUUUUUUUUUUUUUCAAUUUUGGUCUCACUGUGAUGAACCAAAAGUGGCUGAGUUUGGUUUUGUUUUCUUUUUUUUUUAAUUGUAACCAUGUAUUGAAGGCAUCUUUUUGACCAACUCUUGUUGGUUCUGUCUUGAACCAUUGUUAAUAAUCACUGUGCUAUAAUUAGUGUAGCUAAAUCUCUCCUUCCCUGUGCCCUGCCCAGCCCACCCAUCUUUCCUUAAUUUUUUUGGGGGGGGUGGGAGUAAGGGGGGUGGGUGGGAUUGGGAUGAUUUUUGUUUUAGUAUGAGUGGAUAUUUUGAUAGUUGUAAGGAGAAAUGCAUUUCAGACACAUUUCAACCAUGAGCUAUUUUCUUACACUGUAUGUCUUGUUAAUAAGAAUGUAAUUUCAUGAUACAGGUAUUUAAUAUCUUUUUAAAGUAAAUCCUCUAGCCAUCAAUAAAUUGCAGUAGAAUAUUCAUAAGAACAGCCAGAAUGAGUUUUACUCAAAAAUCAAUCAGUAUCAAACGAAGCCUACUGUGUGUGUGUGUAUGUGUGUGUAUGUUGUUGGUUUUUUUUUUACUAUGAUAGUCUAGUCUUAUUUAAAUUGGACUUUUGUAUUCCAGUUUGUAUGACAAAAUAGACUAGAUGAUUGCUAACUGUAAAUGCAUGCUGUGUUUCACUCUUCAACCCCAUUGUAUGCUAAACUUGCUCAUCAGGUUCUGCUUAACUUGUGGUGAACUGGACUUGUUUUGGGUUUUUUUUGUUGUUGUUGCUUUUUUUUUUUUUUACUAGCAAAAAUGUAAGGGACAGUGCAUAAGCCUCUUUCUCUCUUUCUGUUUUUGGUAGUAGCAUUUUGCCUUUUCUUCAGGAUUAGGUGGUAUAUUGUCCUUACAAUACCUACUGCAGGGCUAACACUGGCAAUAUGUCGGCUCAAAUCCUUUGUUUCUACAGUUCUCAUGUCAAUGCAUCAUGUGUAGCAGAUUAGCAAUAACUCCAUAGGUAUAGAAAACACUUUUCACUGUACUGAGCCAAUUCAUUGACUGUCUAAUGACUGACUGUGCUUUGUUGAAAUUGCAAUAUAUCUGAAAAUGUGUAUAUGCUUAGAUAUAUACACCUUUUUAAUUUAAGUUUUUUCUCUGGGCCAAACUGCUUCAUCAUCUUUUUUUUUUUUUUUUGCCUUAUGAUGAAUUUGUUUGAAGGGCAUUUUCUUCAUGAACAAAGGCUUGGCUGUAUUUCCCUUUCUUUGUGUGCAAUGGAUAUAGAAUUCUUCCUUGAGGAAAGGUGCACAGUGAGAAACAGUCUAGUUGUGACCCACUCCAUGUUCAUUUUUGUGUCAUCAACCCCACCUGAGUUGCAUUUUGCUGACCAUGUUUAUGAUUUGUUGGUUUAUUUCUUGAAGUUUGGUUGAUGCCGUCCUUUGCCCUGCUGAAGUGAAAUCUUGCUUCUUAGCUUUUUUGCUGAUCUCAGUAUGGGCAAAGAAACAGAACCAAAAUGGCUGGACAGACUUCUUGUUGCUGUAAAUAUAAAUAAUGACUGUUCUGUGUGCGUGUUUUCUGUGAUAGUGGAGAAUUGCCUUCAAGUGAAGCUUCACAUGAACAGAAAGUGACUGUUUAUCAAGUUUGGAGUGAAAAUAAAAUAAGAAAUAAUAUAAAUAUUGAAGAAAGCACAACAGAACUGUAGUAGGAGUCCAAAUUUAUAAAACCCAGUCAAUGUCUAGAACUUACCGUGUUUUAUUUAAAAUUAUUGUCUUAAAGUUUUUUUGUUGGAGAACAAUAAAAAUUUGAAUACAAUCAA